CACAAGAUGGCGGAGCGGCGGCCGUCGCUGGUGCGGGACGGGGCGCGGGUGGGCAUCCUCUGCCUGUGCUGGUACACGGUCAGCUCCGGCGGCAACGUGGUCAACAAGGUCAUCCUCAACAGCUUCCCCUACCCCGUCACCGUGUCGCUCUUCCACAUCCUGUCCAUCUGCACCUUCAUGCCGCCGCUGACCCGCGCCUGGAACAUCCCCUCGGCCGGAGAGCUGCCGCCUCAGUACUUUCUCCGCGUCAUCCUCCCGCUCGCCUUCGGCAAGUACUUCGCCUCCGUGUCGGCCCACGUCAGCAUCUGGAAAGUGCCCGUGUCCUAUGCCCACACAGUGAAGGCCACAAUGCCAAUAUGGGUGGUGCUAUUGUCACGCAUAAUCAUGAAAGAAAAGCAAACCACAAAGGUCUACAUGUCACUGAUUCCGAUCAUAUCUGGAGUCUUCCUGGCCACCGUAACGGAACUCUCCUUCGACGUGUGGGGUCUUGUCAGCGCUCUGGCAGCCACGCUUUGCUUCUCCCUGCAGAACAUCUUCUCCAAGAAGGUGCUGAGAGACACCCGAAUGCACCAUCUCCGACUCCUCUACAUCCUUGGUCGUUAUGCUGUCAUCUUCAUGGUCCCAACCUGGGUCCUCGUCGAUGUCUCUGCCUUUUUUGUGGACAGCUCCAUAACGGUGGGCUCGCACUGGUACUGGACCAUCGUGCUGCUGCUCAUCAGCGGCUUCUGCAACUUUGCCCAGAACAUGGUGGCCUUCAGCAUCCUCAACCUGAUCAGCCCGCUCAGCUACUCCGUGGCCAACGCCACCAAGCGCAUCAUGGUCAUCACCGUAUCGCUGAUCAUGCUGCGAAACCCCGUCACCUCCACCAACGUCAUCGGGAUGCUGGCUGCCAUCGUCGGGGUCUUUGCUUACAACAAGGCCAAGUAUGACGCUAACCAAGAAGCCAAGAGGAAAUUGCUCCCAGUCUCGUCAGAGGACCUGGUGUCACUUGACCAGCACAAGGAACUGUUGUUGGAUCAGAAGGUGCAGUUGAACGGGACGGGUGUGUACGGGCAGCACGUUGAGUACCAGUACGGCAGGAGUGGGCUCUUGGUAGAGCAGCUGCAAUACAGCCGGCCGACCAGCGGAACCACAUACGUCUCUAACCGAUUUGACGUCUAGCACCCUCUCCCUCCAAGUGUUGGACUAUAUCUGUAACUUAUUACUGAGCACUGUUGAGAGCUUCCCGGUCGGUGGCUGACGGAUUUUAGUAAGAGAUGUUGGUCCAAGGCUGGGCAAUUUAUUUUAUUUUUAUUUUCUGCUGCCCACCGAAAUGCUACAACUUGGACUCAAUGGAGAUGCAUUUGUACGUCCCUUCUUUCUGUGUGUGUGUGUGCGUGUGUGUAUGUACACGUUUGUGUUUUUCUGUGUAAAAUGCAUCUUUUCCAAAAAUCCCAGUUCCCCACUUAAGGAUAUUUAGAGAGUUUCGUGAGGUGGGGGACGCAGUGGGAUAAUGAGGCAAUAGCUUUGUCGGGUGGGGACACAGUGUGGAGGCAAUGAAGAGGUCAGGAUUGGCAUACAAGCUUUUAGCCAAUAUUACCCUUCAUCCCCACCUCCUUCCUUGUGUCCAGCUUGUGGUGGUUAUCUCAAUGUAAAGGAUCCAUACACUACACGAGCAAAGUAAACAGCGGUGUUUGGAAGGGAAUGUGCCAUAUCUUCAUCGCAGCGGUGCAAUUUCUUAAAUUUUUAGUGUUUUACUUGUUUAUAUAUUUUUUUAAAAGUAGAUCUAUUAUUUGAUCAGUGGUUUAAUGAAUUGAGAACUAUCGAGGUUAGCCCGGCUGACGUCUUACAAAACCACCUCCCCUCGCUGCCGUUCACUUUAGAAUCGAUGUGAUUCCGAUUAAAUACAGAUGUAAAUAACCUGGUUUAGGAGCCACAGGAACACCCUGCUUUAUACAGACUCCAGUCGGCAACUUGGGAGGGUUGAGCGAGCCACCGGUUACGAGCCCCGUUAGUAAUAUAUAGAACUGGAAAUGAUGAUUGUAAUAGAAAAUGUUAGUUGCGUAGCAGUGGGAUUCAAGAGCCUUGGUUGGUAGGACGUCACAUAAGACAUCUAUCUUUCCUCUGUCCUCUUAUCACUCUUUCUCUCACUCACACACACACACACACACACAUUCUCUUGCACACUCACUCAUCAGUGAAUGGGUUGGCCUCUAGUCUCGCAUGCAAACACUCAACAUCGUCAUAUAAUCUUGCAUUUGAUGCCAGGAGAAAGUCUAUUCUUGUGUUCCCAUAAAGGCUUCUGGCUCUUUGGCACA